UCUGUGACCUUUGAUGAUAUAGCUGUGACUUUCACCAAAGAGGAAUGGGGGCAACUGGACCCAGCUCAGCGAACCCUGUACCAGGAGGUGAUGAUGGAAAACUGUAGACUACUGAUGUCUCUGGGUAAGGCUUUCCCCUCCAUCAUGCAGUGGACCUGCCAAUUCCUUUCUCUUGGUCUUUACCAUCCAGCCUGGAAGGCCUCUGGAACCUGCCUUGCCUUCCCACAAAUUCUCAUUUUUUAGACUCACUUCCUACCUGGUCUCCAUGUAUUUCUUUGCGCACAAAACAGAGUAUUCUUUGGGCAAGUUACCGAACUAUCUGUAUCUCAGAGUGCUCAUUGAUGAGGUGAGCAACUGUCUGAUACACUUUUCUGGCUGUGUCCAGGGUAAAAAGAUUAUUGUAUGAAAAGGGCUCGGGAUAGUGCCUGGGAGACCAGGCUGUGUGUAGGGGUAGGGAGGGGGGCGCCUUGGGAUCCCUGCUGCCACCAGCACUGUUACUGUCAUUCUCACCAUGAUUAUCAUUGUCACCAUGCAUGGAUGCAGCACAUUCUGGGCAUUGUUGGGGAGCUUUGUGUUCGAACAGCACAGAGAGUGCAGACGGCUGGACCCUGGGUUUCCUUAUUGGCUCAGCCACUCACCAAUUCUGUGUUCUUCAGAAAUCACUUUAUCUGCCCAAGCCUGCUUUUCAUUACCUAUGAAAUAGCGUUGAUAGCUAUGUAGACGUCCUGGAGAUGCUGUGAGAAAAUCCUCAGAUGGGAGUAACUUCAUUCCAUGGUCUGAUCCCCAUCCUGAAGUCCCAGAAUGGAUAAACGGUUUUUGUUUAUGCAGAUGGAAGUAACUUCAUUCCAAGGGUGUCCUAUUCCCAGACCUGUCUUGAUCUACCAGCUAGAGCACAGACAGACACCAUGGACAGUAAGGAAAGACCUCUUCCAAGGACACUGUCCAGGUGACAAAGAAAAACUUAAGACCCCAGAACCUACUAGUGAGCAAGCCUUGCCUAGGGAAGUCUCACUCCAAGAACAGCUAACACAGGGAGUCUCAGGCGACUCCCAGCUGGGGCAAGGCAAGGAUCAGAAUGGGCCAUCUGAAAUGCAAGGACACUUGAGACCAGAGACAGAUCCCCAGGAGAAGCUUCCUGGGAGAAUGAGCCUUGAACAUGAUGGUUUAGUGACAGCUGGUGGUACAUGUUCAAGGAUUAUACAAGAACAAAUCUGUCCAGGAGAUACAGCCGUUAACUCACAUGGAUCAGGUAAAGAUCCCAUUCUUCAGGAAGAAGAAAAUAUCUUUAAGUGCAAUGAAUGUGGAAAAGUGUUUAACAAGAAACACCUCCUUGCUGGACAUGAGAAAAUUCACUCUGGAGUUAAGCCCUACGAAUGUACAGAAUGUGGAAAAACCUUUAUUAAGAGCACGCAUCUCCUUCAACACCACAUGAUCCACACUGGUGAGAGGCCUUAUGAAUGCAUGGAGUGUGGAAAGGCCUUCAACCGCAAAUCAUACCUUACACAGCACCAGAGGAUUCACAGUGGAGAGAAACCUUAUAAAUGCAAUGAGUGUGGAAAGGCCUUUACCCAUCGAUCUAAUUUUGUCUUGCAUAACAGGAGACACACUGGAGAAAAAUCCUUUGUUUGCUCAGAAUGUGGGCAGGUCUUUCGGCAUAGGCCAGGUUUUCUUCGACAUUAUGUCGUUCACAGUGGUGAGAAUCCCUAUGAGUGCUUGGAGUGUGGCAAGGUCUUCAAACAUAGAUCAUAUCUCAUGUGGCACCAGCAGACUCACACUGGAGAGAAGCCCUAUGAGUGCAGUGAAUGUGGAAAAGUGUUCUUGGAGAGCGCAGCCCUGGUUCACCACUAUGUCAUCCAUACUGGAGAGAAGCCCUUCGAGUGCCUGGAGUGUGGGAAGGCCUUCAACCACAGGUCAUACCUCAAGAGGCACCAGCGGAUUCACACUGGGGAGAAGCCUUUUGUGUGUGGUGAAUGUGGAAAGGCCUUCACCCACUGCUCUACUUUUAUCCUUCAUAAAAGGGCCCACACUGGAGAAAAACCUUUUGAGUGCAAAGAAUGUGGGAAAGCCUUUAGCAAUCGGAAAGACCUUAUUCGUCACUUCAGCAUUCACACUGGAGAAAAGCCCUAUGAGUGCGUGGAGUGUGGAAAGGCCUUCACCCGCAUGUCAGGCCUCACACGACACAAGCGUAUUCAUAGUGGAGAGAAACCUUAUGAAUGUGUUGAGUGUGGAAAAUCCUUUUGCUGGAGCACAAACCUUAUUCGACAUGCCAUCAUCCACACUGGAGAGAAACCCUAUAAGUGUAGUGAAUGUGGAAAGGCCUUCAGUCGCAGCUCAUCCCUCACCCAGCAUCAAAGGAUGCAUUCUGGCAGAAACCCUAUCAGUGUAACAGAUGUGGCAAGACCUUUUACAAGUGUGCAAACCUCAGUUACACUCCGUGAACUCCUUUUGGGGAAAGACUUUGUGAAUGUAACCACUGAGGUAAAUCUUUUGCCAAAGGAAACAACUUCUGCAUCUGAUCGUGCAUACCAAAGAGAAACCCCACAAGUGUCUUCACUGUGAGAAAUCCUGUUACAGAGUAUUACUUGUCAUCCACAAAGUCAUGGUAACAAUCAGCCCAGCCUAGAGCCUUAUUCUGCAUUUGAGAAUUCAUUCUGGAGAGAGAACCACUGGUUAUUGUACAUACAGGAAAAACUAGCUAUUACUUUCUCCUUAGUUUACAGUGCAGUGUUAUCUCAGGAAUUCUUUUUUAGAGGAGGAGCUAUAGAAAAUGAAAUGCAGGCACAGACUUCUCUCCCAAGCCUAUGGCACUUUGUUAUUGAUUCCUUAGUUUAUUUAGGACAAGAGAAGUAUUUCAGAGAUAAAGGACCUCGACCCUUUUUGUUUCUUGUGUGUGCAUUCAUUGCUGUCUAGUGUCAGGAUAAUUAGCUGAGGGCAAGUCUGCUGCAAACUUCAUUGCGCAUCUUCUAUGUUCCACAGUAGUCUUUACUCUUGGGAAACAAAACCUUUUAUGCAGCGCUUCUCAACCUGUGGGUUGCGACCCAUAGGAACUGUUUUAAAGGGCCGUGGCAUUAGGAAGGUUGAGAAUCACUGCUUUUAUGAGAAAAUAGAGAUCUUAGGGCUCCGUGCCUGUGGCUCAAGCUGCUAAGGCGCCAGUCACAUACCCCAGAGCUGGCGGGUUUGAAUCCAGCCUGGGCCUGCCAAACAACAAAGAUGGCUGCAGCAGAAAAUAGCCAGGCGUUGUGGCAGGCACCUGUAGUCCCAGCUACUUGGGAGGCAGAGGCAGGAGCAUCACUUGAGCCCAGGAGUUGGAGGUUGCUGUGAGCUGUGAUGCCACGGCACUCUACCUAGGGCGAUAGCUUGAGGCUCUGUCUCAAAAAGAAAAUAAAACAGGGAUUUCGAGCCAUGAAAUAUUUGUGUUAAAGGCAGUAAGGCUAUAUGAAUGAAAGGCCACAUUUAGUGUACCAGUUAAGACUGUUUAAGGCUUUUUUUUUUUUUUUUUUUUUUUUUGAGAAAAACCCUUUCUUCAUGCAGGUUUAAAAAUGUAACAAACUAUUUCUCAGUCCUCAUCUGUCGGUUUACUUGAUUGCUAUAGUUACGUGGUAAAAUUUUAAAUUGGGUAGUGCUGUGUUUCUGUUUUUAUUUAAAAUUGUUUUAAAAUUUUGCAGGGCGGCACUUAUGGCUCAAUGGAGUAGGGUGCCGGCCCCAUAUGCCUGAGGUGGCGGGUUCAAACCAAAUCCCGGCAAAAAAAAAAAAAAAAAACCUGCAAAAAAAUUUUAAAAAAUAGAAAAAAACUAAAAUUUUGUUUCAUUUCACUUUACAUAAAAGUUUAGGAUUAGUUUGUAUAAUUUAUAAAAAUAUCUUGCUUAGAUUUUCACAGAAAGUUAAAUCUGUAGAUUAAUUUGUUGAGAAUUAGUGUCUUUACCACGUUGAGUCUUGCCGUUCAUGAAUACAGUAUAUCUCUGUUUAGUUAAGGAUUCUUCAGUUUAUUUCAUUAGUAUUAUAAUUUUCAGUAGAUAUGUGUAGAACCUAUACAUUUUUGUCAGAAUUUGCAUCUAGGGUGUUUUUUUGGUUGGUUUUUCUUUCUCUUUUUUUGAAGACACAGUCUUACUUUGUCACCUUCCGUAGAGUGCAAUGGCGUCACAGCUCACAGCAACCUCCAGCUCUUGGGCUUAGGCAAUUCUCUUGCCUCAGCCUUUUAAGUAGCUGGGACUACAGGCGCCCACCACAGCGCCCAGCUACUUUUUCUUUUUUUUUUUUUUUUUGGCUGGGGCCAGGUUUGAACACGCCACCUCCUGUAUAUGGGGCCAGCACCCUACUCCUUGAGCCACAGGCGCCACCCCAGCUACUUAUUUUGUUGCAGUUUGUCUGGGGCCGGGUUUGAACCCGCCACCCUCAGCUGGUGCCCUACUCAUUGAGCCACAGGUGCCACCCCAGUUCUUCUUUUUGAGUUACUAAAUGGCACUGUUUUUUUUUUUCUUCUGAUACAGAAUCUUACUAUGUCACCCUCGGUAGAGUGCUAUGGCGUCACAGCUCACAGUAACCUCAAACUGUUGGGCUUAAAGCGAUUCUCUUGCCUCAGCCUCCCAAGUACAGGCACCCGCCACAACACCUGGCAAUUUUUUUGUUGCAGUUGUCAUUGUUGUUUAGCUGGCCCAGGGUGGGUUUGAACCCACCACAUGUGGCCGGCACCCUAACCACUGAAAUUUAAAUUUUCACUUCCAUAUGGUAUUUGGUAGUAAACAGAAAUAUAAUUAUCUUUGGAUGUUUGCUGUCCUGUAACCUUGCUGAGUGCACUUACUCUUUUUCACCAUUUAAAAAAGAAUCCUGGGAAUUUUCUACAUGGAAAUGUCAUCUGCAGAUAGUUUUCUUUCAUCCCAUCUAUAUACUUCUUACUGCCUUUUUUAUCUUAUACAAACUUGGACUUGCAAUAUAACAUUGAAUUGGUUAAUAUUGUUAACUUUUAUUAAUAGACGUUCUUUAUCAAGUAUAGAAAAUUCCUCUAUUCUUAGGUUACUGAGACUCAGUUAUGAAUGAGUGUUGAAUUUGUCAACUGCUGUUUAUUUGGUUAUUCCAUCUACAGCCUAUUGAUAUAAUUGACAGAGUUUUGAGUAUUGAGCCAGCCUUGUAGAGUAUAAUUCAUCUUCUAUAUCAUUUAGCAUCAUUCCAUUUGCUUGGGAUAAUUUUGGAGUUUUUUUGUUUUGUUUCCUUUUUUUUUUUUUUAAGAGACAGAGUCUCACUUUGUCGCCCUCAGUAGAGUCCUAUGGCGUCACAGCUCACAGCAAGCUCUAGCUCUUCGGCUUAGGUGAUUCUCUUGCCUCAGUCUCCCGAGUAGCUGGGACUACAGGUGCCCACCACAACACCCAGCUAUUUUUUUGUUGUUGUUGCAGUUUGGCUGGGGCCAGGUUCGAACCUACCACCCUCGAUAUAUGGGGCCAGCACCCUACCCACUGAGCCACAGGCGCCACCCUACAUUUUCUAAUUUAUAGUAUUCUCUCAUUCUUUUGUAGCAAUAGGGUCUGUACUUACAUCUCAUUUUAUGUCUGAUAUUGGAAAUGUGUCUACUUUCUUUAUACUUUCUUUAUUCUCUUUUAUUCUUAGACAUUUAUCAAUUUUUUUUAUUUUACCACGUUCUUCAACUAGAUCAUGAAGGUAGCAGAUAAGAUAGAUGACAUUGGGCGGCGCCUGGGGCUCAGUGAGUCGGGCGCCGGCCCCAUAUGCCGAGCGUGGCGGGUUCAAACCCAGCCCGGGCCAAACUGCAACAAAAAAAUAGCCGGGCGUUGUGGCGGGCGCCUGUAGUCCCAGCUGCUCGGGAGGCUGAGGCAAGAGAAUCGCGUAAGCCCAAGAGUUAAGAGGUUGCUGUGAGCCGUGUGAUGCCACGGCACUCUACCCCAGGGUGGUACAGUGAGACUCUCUCUCUACAAAAAAAAAAGAUAGAUGACAUUUAUCAAUUUUAUUGAUUAUAUCAUCUUUAUCUUUUUUUUGUCUAGUAUUUCUGUCAAUUGCUGAGAGAGGUCUGUUAAAGUUUUGAACUGUAAUUGUGGUAUUUCCUCUUUUGAAGUUCUACCACUUUUUUCACAUAAUUAAAAGCUAUAUUUGGUACCUAUAUAUACAAGUUUGCUGAUGACCCUCAUCAUUUUAUAAUGGCCUUUUUGCCUAUUAAUACCCUUUUCAAUACUUUAUCUAAUAUUGUUGUAGUUACUCUUACAUUGUUUAAUGUUUGCAUUGUUUAUAUUUUUCUUAAUCUUUUUUUUUUUUUUUUUGAGUUAGUUUCAGUAUGUCACCCUCCAUAGAAUGCUGAGGCAUCAUAUAGCUCACAAUGACCUCAAACUCUUGGGUUUAAGCGAUUCUCUUGCCUCAGCCUCCCAAGUAUCUGGGACUUCAGGCGCCUGCCACAGUGCCUGGCUAUUUUGUUGUUGUUGUUGUUGUCAUUGUUGCUUAGCAGACCCAGGUCAGAUUUGAACCCACGCGCCCCCAUGUAUGUAGCCGUCAGCACCCUAACCACUGAGCUGUGGGCGCCAAGCCUAUUUUUCUUAAUCUUAUUUUAAGCUUUUUCUAUCUCAUUACAUUUAAAGUAUGUUUCUUGUGAUCAGUAUAUAUUCGGUCCAUGCUUUUUUCUACAUUUUGCAUAUGUCUGUCUUUUAAUUGGUAUAUUUAGACCAUUUAAAUUUAAAAUAAUUAUUGGUACAUUAGGGCUUACAUCUGCCAUUUUAUGAUUAGAUUUUUGUUUCUGUUCCCUUUUCAUUGUUCCUGUCCUGUCUUUGUUAUUUGGAGUUUUUACUUGUCUCCCUGUAUGCGUUACUUACAAGUUUUUUAGAAUUUAAUUUAAUACGUCUAUAGUGAUCUUAAGUGCAGAUAGUCCUUGACUUAUGAUGAGUUUACAGUUCAGGAAACCUGUUAAGUUGGAAAUUUUUUAAGUGGCAAAUAUUUAUUAUACCUAACCUAUUGACCAUCAUACCUUAGCCUAUCCUACUUUAUAUGUGCUCAGUUGGGCAAAAUUAUUUAGCACAAGGCCUAUUCUAGAAUAAAGCAUUUAUGAAGAGUUUUGGAUUAAAAUCUUAAAAAGUAUGGGAUUUCUACUAAACUCAUGUUCCUUUUACACCAUUGUAAAGCCAAAUACUAGUUAAACAAUCAUAAGUCAGGGACCAUCUAUAUGUAUCUUAAUGCAUUAUUAUUAUUUUUUAUUUUUGUUUUUGUUUUUGAGACAGAGGCUCACUAUGUCACCCUUGGUAGAGUGCUGUGGUGUCACAGCUCACAGCAACCUCAAACCUUUGGGCUCAAGCGAUUCUCUUGCUUUAGUCUACCAAGUGGCUGAAACUAUAGGCAUCUGCCACAAAGCCCAGCUACUUUUUUUUUUAAUUAUUGUUAAAUCAUAGCUGUGUACAUUAGUGCAAUCAAGGGGUACAAUGUGUUGGUUUCAUAUACAAUCUGAAAUAUUCUCAUCAAACUGUUCAACAUAGCCUUCAUGGCAUUUUCUUAGUUAUUGUAUGUAGCCAUUUGUAUUCUCCAGCUACUUUUUUUGUUGUUGCAGUUGGCUUUGUUUUUUUUGCUUGUUUGUUUGCAAUUUUUAGCUGAGGCUGGGUUUGAACCCGCCACUUCUGGCAUGUGGGGCCAGUGCCCUACUCCUUUGAACCACAGUCACCGCCCCAUUGUUGUUUUUUUCAUUAGCUGGCCCAGGCUGGGUUUGAACCUGCCAGCCUUGGUGUAUGUGGCCAGCACCGUAACCACUGUGCUACGGGCGCCAAGCCUAGUAUUAUUAUUAUGUUUUUGUUUUUUUUUUUUUUUUUUGAGACAGAGUCUCACUGCAUUGCCCUGGGUAGAGUGCGUGGCAUCACAGCUCACAGCAACCUCCAACUCUUGGGCUUAAGCGAUUCUCUUGCCUCAGCCUCCAGGGUAGCUGGGACUACAGGCACCAGCCACAAUACUUGGCUAUUUUUUGGUUGUAGUUGUUGUUUGGCAGGCCUGGGCUGGAUUCCAGCCUGCCAGCUCCGGUGUAUGUAGCCACUGGUGCGUUAGCCGCUGAGCUACAGGUGCAGAGCCUCAAUGCAUUUUUUUUUUUUUUUGAGAUGGAGUCUCACUUUAUUGUCCUUGGGUAGGGGGUAGAGUGCUGUGGCAUCAUAGCUCACAGCAACCCCAACUCCUGGGCUUAGGCAAUUAUCAUGCCUCAGCCUCCCGAGUAGUUGGGACUACAGGCACCCGCCAUAACGCCCAGCCAUUUUUUUUUUGUUUUGUUUUGUUUUAGUUGUCAUCGGUGUUUGGCAGGCCCGGGCUGGAUUUGAACCCGCCAGCUCAGGGGUAUGUGGCUGGUGCCUUAGCUCCUUGACCUACAAGCGCUGAGCCUUGCUUAGCUUUUUGAUCUGAUUUAGGUUUGUGCCCUUUGCCAUAUUCAGGGGCUUUUCAAUCAUUAUUUCUUCAUCCCCACUGUUUUGUCUCUUUCAGAGACUAAUAGUAUGAAUGGUAUAUCUUGUGUUAUACUCCCACAGGUCCCUCAGACUCUCAUUUUUCUUCUUUUGGUCUAUUUUCUGUACAUCGAUUAAUUUCUGUCGGCCUUAUUUUGACCUCAAUGAUUUUUUGCUCUGUCAUACUUAGAACUUGACCAGUUAUUUUUCAUUUCUGUUUUUGUUUUACUCCCUCCUUCUUUCCUUCCUUCUUUCCAUCUUCUUUCUUUUCUUUCUCUCUUUUCUAGACAGGGUCUUGCUCCACUGUUUGGACUAGAGUGCAGUAAUGUUAUCAUAGCUCACUGCAACUUCAAACUCCUGGACUCAAGUAAGCUUCCUGCCUCAGCCUCCCCAGUAUCUGGGACUGCAGAUGUGUGCCAACAUGUGCUGCCUGGCUAAUUUUUGUAUUUUUUGUAGAGACGGGGUCUUGCUAUGUUGCUCAAGGCUGGGUUUUUUUUUGUUUGUUUUGUUUUUUGAGACAAGAAUCACCCUGGGUAGAGUGCCAUGGCAUCACACUCACAGCAACCUCAAAGUCUUGGGCCUAAGUGAUUCUCUUGCCUCAGCCUCCCAAGUAGCUGGGACUACAGGCACCCACCACAACGCCCAGCUAUAUUUUGUUGCAGUUUGGGCCAGGGCCAGGUUUGAACCCGCCAUUCACGGUAUAUGGAGCCAGCGCCCUACUCACAGAGCCACAGGUGCCACCAAAAAUGCACAUUUUAAGAAAAAAAAAUACAAAAUUUGUAAUGCUCAAAUGACAUUUGACUUCUGGAGUUACAAGAGGUGCUCAAUGUGACUUGUAUCCAUCUUUUGUUAGCAGUAUAAUUACAUUUUUUUCCUAUCCAAAGAAAAAAUUACAAUUUUAAUGGUUUUUCCUUUCUUAAAAUGUAUAUACAUGUUUUUGGCACCAUCUGUAUAUGUGCUCCUGGAAGCCAUAUAUAUGUUAUGUAUAUAUGGGACUUCAAGUGGUCUAACUUGCAAAUGCUCCCUUUGUCUUUGUUUAUAAAGGAGCAAUGGCCAGAUCAAUCUGUAUUUCUACAGCACAUGUAAAUGAUUUCUCAUCCUUUUGUUGCUAUUGAAACUAGCUCUUAAAAAAAAUUUAAAAAAAAGGAAUCUACCUCUUGGCAUCAUUUCAGGGAGUUGUAAGAACUACAGGGUUCAUAAUUUUGGAAUUAAGUGCGAUUAAAGAGUAUGUUUCAGUCAUGGAUAUAUGUCUGAGUUUUUCUGGGUGGGAGUGAGAGCAGUUAACUCCAUCUGAGAGGCCCUCUAUGGAGACAGGAUGCUGGAGACCUAUGGGAGUCUGGUUUGUGGGAGUAUGUACUCAGACUCUGAUCCAGGAGUGACCUUUCCCAUGCUGGAGUGGAAUGCCCAGUGAUACUGCCCUUGAUUUUAGAGGGUUAAAGAUUUUGAAUCUGCCGCAAAUAUGUUCACAUCUUUUUUUAUUUUUAAAUUGCCAGACUUGGCUGGGUGCCCAUAGCAGUGGUUACAGUGCCAGCCAUAUACACCAAGGCUGGCAGAUUCAAAACCAGCCCAGGCCAGCUAAACAAUGAUAACUGCAACAAAAAAUAACUGGGCAUUGUGGCGGGCGCCUGUAGUUCCAGCUACUCAGGACACUGAGGUAAGAAUAUCGCCUAAGCUCAGAAGUUGGAGGUUGCUGUGAGCUCUGUGAUGCCACAACACUCCACCAAGGGUGAUAAAGUGAGACUAC